AACGAGCGCGCACUUCGGGACACCGUAACAUCCUAUGGCGUUGUCAGUGUCUGCAGAGAAAUAGAUGGAAAAUCAGGAUUCGUGUCUGUUGACUCUACCGUAUUGGUUCCCGGAGACGUCAUUGAAAUUCCCCGCGAAGGAACCCUUAUGUAUUGCGAUGCCGUGCUACUCAGGGGAAACUGUAUAGUAAACGAAAGCACUCUCACUGGUGAAAGUGUUCCGGUAACCAAAAUCCCAUAUGUCGCGGCAAAUGCGGCCGGUGGGAAUGCACAGCAGUUUGAGGUAAAAUCGGCCUCUAAGAGCAUGCUUUUUUGUGGGACAUCAGUUAUCCAGACGCGCAACUUUGCAGACCAAUCUGUUACCGCUGUGGUCGUGCGAACAGGUUUUCGAACAGCUAAAGGUGAAAUGGUUCGGGCUAUUCUCUUUCCAAAGCCCAUGCGAUUCAAAUUCAAUCAGGACGUCGGAAAAUUUAUUGGAGCCCUCUCGGUGUUGGCCAUAAUCGGUUUUGGUGUGUCUGUUUAUCUUCUGUUGAGAAAUGGAGAAGAUACAGACGUCAUCGUCAAGCGAGCAUUCGACUUGAUUACUAUUGUUGUGCCGCCUGCCUUACCUGUGGCCAUGACUGUUGGUAUCGUAUUUGCGCAGGGACGUCUGAAAAAACGCCAGAUUUUCUGUAUGAACCCAAGUGCAAUCAAUGCCUGUGGUGCCAUCAACGUCGCCUGUUUUGAUAAAGUGAGCUCAAAUACAUACUUUUCUGAUACAGCUGAGGACGAAGCACCACGAAUCUAA